ACGGGUCACUGGUACACUGUAUAUCCUUCAGAUUGUCUUCUAACACUAAGGAGAAAGCAAUGGCGACCACGGUAAAUGAUCAGCAACUUCCUCAGUCCGCAAACCUAUCGACAGAAAAUGCACCCGAACCCUUGUUCGAUUUAGACCUUGACCGGAAGUAUAUGUGUCCUGUAUGCCUUUGUGUCCUGAAAGAUCCUAUGCAGACCUCUUGCGGACACCGCUUUUGUAAGGCGUGCAUAACGGGAACAUUCGCCCUGCCGACAGUCCGAAACAACACCCGGGUACCGUAUUCCAGGUGUCCUGUGGAUAACACGUACUUCCACAUCGAGAAAGAGUUAUUUCCCGACAAUGCCAUCAAGCGGGAAGUUCUGUCAUUAAAUGUCCGGUGUCAAAACGUCCUAAAUGAAUGUGAUUGGAGCGGAGAACUCCGGAACUACAGCGAGCACGAGGAGCAGUGUAAGUACAAGGUGAUUGCCUGUGAGAACGGCUGUGGAGUGCGAGUGAUCCGCCAGGAGAUGCCCCACCACCUGGAGGGAUGCUCCCUCAGGAUCGUCUUCUGUCCCCACUGUCAGAAACAAAUGACCCACAACAUCAUGUCGAAACACGAGGUGUUGGUGUGUCAAAACUUCCCCGUCCAGUGCUUACAGUGUGGUCAGGUUGGGAUGAAACGCAAAGACAUCGGCAACCACAUGAACAAGGAGACAGGAGAUUGCCCCAUCACCAUCAUUGAUUGUCCUUUCCGUGUGUACGGCUGUCAAGUUACCACCACGAGACUAUGUAUGGCGUCCCACUUACAGGACAGCUGUCAUACCCAUCUCUCUUACGUUAUGGCGCACGUGCGGACACAGGAUCGACAUAUUGCCCAGUUAGUAAAUGAAAUAACAACGAUCCGUCAGGUACUUGGUCAGCAGACGGAGCGAUGUCCUACCGGCGAUAUACACGGAAAUGGACAAGACAAUGAUAUUUUGUGAUAAAUGAACAGGUUUUUAACCUUCAAUUCGGACUAUCAAUAGUGGGCACUUUUAUGAUACUGGAACAUUUACAGAGAUAUUUUAUUUUUAUUUUAGAGAUAUUUUUUUAUUAUCAGUCAGGCACACUAUUGUGCGCAACAAGA